UCAGACUGUGCAAUUUGGAUAUUAUUGGAGAUUCAGCAAUGGGAGUUCGAUUCAACACUCAAGACAGAUCUGGCACUGAUUAUGGAGUUGCCGUUAAUGAUAUAACAUCCGCAGUUAUCCAAUGGUUCACGAAGCCUUGGUAUUGGUUCAGUCCCAUUUUCAAUCUUAGUCCAUUAGGGAAAAAAUUUUACAAAGACAUUCACACGAUUCACGAAUUCGACAGAAAGGUAAUUAGAGAAAAGAAACACAAAAUGAUCGAAGAACUGAAAGACAAUCAAACAAUCGACAACUUUCGAGAAGGAAAUGAAGUUACAGGGGUAAAGAAGAGGCGAGCAUUUCUGGAUUUACUGCUUUAUCAUCAUUUAACGGAUAAAAGUCUCAACGAAGAGGAUAUCAGAGAAGAAGUUGAUACAUUCAUGUUCGCAGGACUGGACACAAGCGCAAUGGGAAUUACUUGGUGUUUUUAUCUGCUCGGAUUGCAUCCCGAUAUACAAGAGAAAGUUUACCAGGAGCAGGAAGAAAUUUUUGGUGAAGACAUAAAUAAUUCUAUUACGUCCGAAGACCUAAGAAAAAUGAAGUAUCUGGAAUGUGUUGUCAAGGAGACACUCAGGAUCUAUCCUCCGGCAAGUUUCAUAGCGAGAAAAAAUCCAUCCGAUUUGAAAGUGGGUAAUUAUAUCGUACCAGCAAAAUCAUCUCUUGUAAUAAACAUUUAUGGUAUUCAUCAUAAUCCAACGGUUUUCGUAAAUCCCGAAGUGUUCGAUCCGGAUCGAUUUUUGCCAGAAAACUGCAAGAACCGUCAUUCUUUUGCUUUUAUACCGUUCUCUGCCGGUCCACGCAAUUGCAUAGGUCAAAGAUUCGCCAUGAUGGAGAUGAAGACAACUUUAGCGAAUGUUGUUCGAAAUUUUCGCGUGAAGUCUUUAGACCAUAGAGAUAAGAUUUUCGAAUCUGCUGACGUCGUUCUUCGUCCGAAAUUCGGUAUAAGAAUGAUUGUCGAAAAACGAUAAAAGAACAAAAUAUUAUCUUUCCGAAAAUAUAAAAUCUAUAAAUUAACGAAAUAGUUGUUCAUAAUACAAUGUUUCAUGUAUCCUAGAUUCUUAUCUAUAUGAUAAUCCGCGCUUCAAUAGUAUAGACAUGAUCAGCCUGGCCAGAAAAGGUCAAUGCUAGAUAAUAGAAAUAGAAGGCGACCUGCAAAUGUUGACACACGUCUGAUUUCUUUCAGCUCUUUUCUUUUCUAUAUUCUUAAAACGUUUUCAUACUACUUUUGUUAUAAACAACUGAACUUUUUUGCAAUUUAUAUUACUGUGAUUUAUUACGUGUGAACGAUCAAUGCCGUC